ACGUGAUACAAGUGGCCUCUGUGAUCUCGCUGUAUUCUUUAUCGCGAGACCGAAGCCCUUCCUUUUCCCUUUUCACUUCGAGUCCAAGAUGGGAGUUGACAUCAGGCACAACAAGGACCGCAAGGUUCACAGGAAGGAGCCUAGAAGCCAGGAUAUCUACCUGAGGCUCCUGGUCAAGCUGUACAGAUUCUUGGCUCGCCGUACUGAUGCUCCCUUCAACAAGGUCAUCCUGAGGAGACUCUUCAUGAGUAAGACCAACAGGCCUCCCCUCUCCCUGGCCCGUCUGAUCCGUCAGAUGAAGCUGCCAGGCCGUGAGAACCUGACCGCCGUUUGUGUGGGAACGAUCACUGAUGACAUCAGGAUCCAUGAUAUCCCCAAACUGAAGGUCUGUGCUCUGAGGGUGACCGAUGGCGCUCGCCGCAGGAUCCUGAAGGCUGGUGGCAAGAUCAUGACCUUUGACCAGCUGGCUCUGGCCGCCCCCAAGGGCCAGGGCACCGUGCUGCUCUCAGGUCCCCGUAAGGGUAGAGAGGUGUACAGGCACUUCGGAAGAGCCCCUGGAACUCCUCACAGCCACACCAAGCCCUACAUCCUCUCCAAAGGCAGGAAAUUCGAGCGUGCUCGUGGUCGCAGACCCAGAUGUGGCUACAAGAACUAAAACAAUCUUUUUUGUGUUUGUUCUCAUAUCCCAAUAAAGUUUUGGGGGUAAAUGAAA